AUGUCUACAUCGACUACCGGCGCAAGGCUCAACAUUCCCGAUGGUCAUCUCAGAACUAGCAGCGGCACUGCGACUCCCGUUCGGGCGACACGCGAACGCCCGCUACUUUCGCCAAACGGCCGUCAUUUACGCCAUCUUAAGGGAAUCGCUGUUCGAAAUAUAUCUUCGAAACCGGCCAGGGUGCAUCGACGGUCUAACGAUGACGAAAAUCUACUUACCACUUGGAGGUCACCUGGGAAGCUCGCUGUGCAUCAGGAGGAACGAACCCUAACACACUCCCGGUCUGCUAUUGAUUUGUCGACAUUAGCGGCGGAGAGUUCUACUGCUGUUGGUGCUUCGAGUAGUAAACACCACCUUCCCGAUGAUAGUGUUAGUGAGGGUGGACGACCAAUACCGAUUAGACGGCGGAAUACUCGGUCGAACUCGAUACUAGCGGGGACGAUAUUCGAAAAUGCGACAACGAGGCAAAGGAAAUUGGUUGAUGCAACGCUAGGGAAAUUAGUCGAUACUUUCUUCACUUUACAUCAUGACUCCGUUGGGGAUGACCCGUUUUAUAUCAGCGAAACAGUACCGUCGUCUAUCAACCCUACAUUCCAAAGUUUCGAGUUGGGGGAGUGCGGUCCUGCGAUAACACGACUAGAUUCCCUUAUAAUACGGAUUUGGGCACGGAAAGAACAAAGCAGUGAUUUUGGUUUACUGGUAGAGCUAAACAUAGGAUUAUCUUAUCUUCAGUUUAUUGGGCGGAGUCUCGAAAACUUCAACUUCACGUUCCCGGAGAACUGUGUCGUCAUAAUCCUUUCAGACGGUUGUUAUACAGUCUUUAGCGAACUGGAUCCCAAAAUAAUCAAGAAGUAUGUUGCGCCACGGCCCACCAAGAGGGUGUUGGCAGAGGCGGCAGAAUCAUGCUCCUUCGAUGCAAUACUAAAGUUGAAGAACCUGGAGGAAUGCAUUUAUGAUGCUAUGGAGACACAGGCGCAUGUGGAACAGCAAAUGGAUUCGAUAGCGUCCUCGAAAGCAGAGUACUUGUCCCACGUUAGAGCUUUAGAUGAGGAGAACCUAGAACUCAAGGAUGCACGGAAAAUCGUUUCACGAGAGAGGAAGCGAUUGGAGGCUUUGAGAAAGCAUCGUGAUUCCCUCAAGCAAAGUAUCAGUGGUAGGAAGGCCGCUAUUGAUGCCGGUAUUGAGAACCGCGCAGUUGCCAAGCUGCAUUUGCAAAAUGCUAAACAACUGCUCCAUCAACGCGCUGUCGAGGCGGGCAACACUGUGACUGCGAUGGCGACACGGAAGAAGGUUAUUUUGGAUUAUCUAACAAAGAUAUACCCCAUCGAACAUAUUCCUGAACAGCCUCUAAACUUCACAAUAUGCAACCUCCACUUGCCUAACGAGCCUCCAGAGGGCCAUAACGAGGAUGUGAUUGCUGCUGCCCUUGGUUACACAGCGCACCUCGUCUAUAUGCUAUCAUUCUACCUUAGUGUCUAUCUUAGAUACCCUGUUAUUCCCAAAGGCAGUUCGUCGAUGGUUCAGGAUCCCAUCAGCGUCAUCCAGGGUUCACGAUAUUUCCCGUUGUGGGCAAAGGGCGUCCCAUAUUUCCGUUUCGAAUACGCAAUAUUUUUAUUAAACAAGAAUAUCGAGCAGUUAAUGGAAUCCCAAAAAUGCAUCGUUCUAGAUAUCCGACAGACACUCCCAAACCUCAAGUAUCUCCUCUACGUAACAACGGCGAGCCAAACUCCAAUGUCGUACCCCCCAUCUAUCCACCCUUGCGGCCCACAUGUUGUCACAGAUUUAAACCUCUGUUUUGCUGAUGCCACUAGUCCAGCAAUCGACGAGAGGCCCUCGAGACCAUUCAAUUUCCCAAGAAGUCGGAGAGCAGCUGCUGCGCUAGCUGAUGGCAACGCUAAUGGUGCGCACGGCGGGAGUGGGAGUCCUGGAAGUGGCGAAAAUGCCAAUGGGAAGAGCUCGUCGUCAUUGCUGUCUAAGUCACUGCCGAAGACCACGAAGAACUUUACGGCGACGAUCAGUCCUAAUGGGACUAUUUCGCGAUCCACGAUUUCAUUCAAGCGUGAUUUUCGGAAGACUCAGGAUGUGCUGUGA